AUGGAGGCUCAGUUUGAUUUUUCACCCACGGCGGCCAAUGGCAACCCAUUCAAAUGGAACAUUUUCAACUCGCACAGGUCAUGGGAGCUCGGCGGCAGUGGUGCCGAGACCCAUGGCACCUUAGGUGUAUCGAGCAACUCGAUUCUGCCUCUUGAGUUGCUCUCGUUUCUUCAAUGCACCACGAAACAUGAAAAAUGGGGUCCGUUAUCGGUGAAGUACAACGACUUCACUCCGUGCUUCACGGGUUUGCUUUUUACGGUUGUUGCCGCAUUGAUGAUCUUGCUAGGAGCGCACCAGAUAGUGUUGUUGAGGCGGAGCAAAGUCAGCGUGGGCAAUCGCAUCAAUUGGAGUUUCUACACCAAGAUCUUGCUCGUGGUGUUGCAAGUGGCAUUUUCAAUUGCCGUGGCUGCAACGUACCCUGGUCUCCGCACAGGUAUCAUCUUCACCUCGCUCAACUUGACCGUGGCUGCCAAUGCUGUAGCGUUGGCAUUGCACUACUUGGAAGAGUUCAAAUCGCACAUCCCCAACGGCAUCCUCCUUUUCUACUGGUUGCUCCAGAUCAUAUUGCACUUGGGCAGAGAUAUCAAUCUCCAGCUCCGCCAUCAAUUGGACCUGCCCUAUGCCACGCUAGUCAUCUUGUCCACCGUGAAUGCAUUGGUCAUCUUGCUUGUGGAAAUUUUCUUCCCCAUGAAACCCAUCGACUACUAUGCUCGUCUCCGCCGAGAAUCACCCUAUGAUCGCGCAAACGUUUUCUCCAAGAUCACGUUUGAGUGGAUCGGCGGAUUGAUGAAGAAGGGGUAUAACCAAUACCUUACUGAGCAGGACUUGCCACCGUUGCCUCGUCUGUUGAAAGCUAGCGCCACCACCAAGGAUUUCAACCAUUAUUGGAAUCGACAACCUGCGAACGGCAAAUCUAUCUUUUGGGCCACGGCGAAUGCGUUUGGAGUGGAGUUUUUACUUGGUGGAUUGUUCAAAGGUGCCCAGGAUUGCUUGGCAUUUAUUCAGCCUCAAUUGUUGCGAUUAUUGAUUCAAUUCGUUAAUGAUUACUCCAAAUCGAGCAAACGCGGCGAACCGUUGCCCUUGACUCGCGGUUUGCUCAUUGCAUUUGGUAUGUUUGUAGUGUCGCUAGUACAAACUGCUUGCUUGCACCAGUAUUUCCAAAGAGCCUUUGAUUUAGGUAUGAAGAUUCGAAGCUCGUUGUCGUCGGCGGUGUAUGACAAAUCGCUUGUCUUGUCCAAUGAAUCCAAGCAGGAAAGCUCAACUGGUGACAUUGUCAACUUGAUGUCGGUGGAUGUGCAAAGAUUACAAGACUUGGUUCAAAACUUGCAAAUUAUCUGGUCGGGACCUUUCCAGAUUGUCAUUUGUCUCUACUCGCUUCACGGGUUGAUUGGCAAUGCCAUGUGGGCCGGUGUUGCAAUCAUGUUGAUUAUGAUUCCCUUAAAUGCCGUUAUUGCCAAGACCCAAAAGAAACUUCAAAAGACGCAAAUGAAGUACAAGGAUAAGAGAUCGAGAUUGAUUAAUGAAAUCUUGAACAAUAUCAAAUCGUUAAAGCUCUACGCUUGGGAGAUGCCCUAUUUGGAAAGAUUGGACCAUGUGAGAAACGAUUUGGAGUUGCAAAACUUGAAAAAAAUGGGUAUAUUUAUGGCCACUGCUAACUUUACGUGGAACUUGGCACCAUUUUUAGUCAGUUGCUCGACAUUUGCCGUGUUUGUGCUUACGCAGAAAAAGAGUUUAUCUACGGACCUCGUAUUUCCGGCAUUGUCAUUGUUUAACUUACUAACUUUCCCAUUGGCAGUUGUGCCCAUGGUGAUUACGAACAUAGUUGAAGCUCAAGUUGCCAUUGGCAGAUUGACAAAAUAUUUCACCUCUUCUGAAUUGCAAGGCAACGCAGUGACCAAAUUGCCGCCCGCGAAAAACAUUGGCGACGUUGCCCUUUCAAUUAAAAAUGGUACCUUUUUAUGGUCCAAGGCCAAUGGCGAACAAAAUUAUAAAGUUGCUUUAUCCAACAUCAACCUCACUUCUAAAAAAGGUCAGCUUGAUUGUAUCGUGGGCAAAGUCGGCUCGGGCAAAUCUUCAAUCAUACAAGCAAUCUUGGGCGAUUUGUAUAAACUCGAUGGUGAAGUCACCUUGCAUGGUAAAGUUGCUUAUGUUUCGCAAGUCCCCUGGAUCAUGAAUGGUACCGUCAAGGAUAACGUCUUGUUUGGACACAAGUACGAUGCCGAGUUUUACCAAAAUGUGUUGAAGGCUUGUGCUUUGACUGUCGACUUGGCCAUCUUGCCCAAGGGCGACAAGACGGAAGUUGGUGAAAAGGGCAUUUCAUUAUCAGGUGGCCAAAAGGCGAGGUUGUCGAUAGCCAGAGCAGUUUACGCUCGAGCCGAUGUUUACCUAUUGGAUGACCCAUUAAGUGCUGUCGAUGAACACGUGGGAAAGCAUUUGACCGAUCACGUCUUGGGGCCACAGGGUCUCUUGAAAUCUAAAUGUAAAGUUUUGGCAACCAACAAUAUCAGAGUCUUGAGCAUUGCUGAUAAUUUACACAUGGUUAGUGGUGGCAGGUUGAUUGAACAAGGAACGUAUGAUGAUAUCAUGGAACAACCCAACUCGAAAUUGCGCCAAUUGGUGGAGGAGUUUGGCUCAAAGCGAGAAAAUGCAACACCUUCACGUACACCAACGCCGACCAUCAAAGAAGCCAAACGUGAGCAGGCAGUCACUGGUGCGCCUAAUUUAGUACCCGAUCAGAUCCCCAACAAGGCCGAUGAAUACAAAACCGUUAAUGAUGACGAUGAUGUCGACACCCAAAAUUUGGAAUCGGAUGUCGAUGUCGACAUCGAAGGUAUAAGCUUGAGAAGAGCCUCGGAUGCAUCUUAUAUACCCGAUGAUGAGCGUGAUCCCGAGCAGUAUCUUGCAGAGGAAAGAGAAGCUGCUGACGCCGAGGAAGACGAAGACGUUAAGCAGAGAAAGGAACAUAUCGAACAGGGUAAAGUGAAGUGGGAAGUUUACACGGAAUACGCCAAGGCUUGUGGUCCCGUUAACGUGAUGAUCUUUCUUGGUUGUGCCAUUAUUUCCUAUUUGGUCAAUGUUGCAUCUACAUUUUGGUUGGAGCAUUGGUCUGAAGUCAACACCAAGUACGGUUACAAUCCACACGUGGGCAAGUACUUGGGAAUCUAUUUCCUUUUGGGUAUAGGCUACUCCUUUUCCUCCUUGAUCCAAAACGUUUCACUUUGGAUCUUGUGCACGAUUCAAGGCUCCAAGAUCAUCCACAACACCAUGGCCCAUAGUGUCAUUCGCGCGCCAAUGUCAUUUUUCGAAACCACUCCCAUUGGUAGAAUCUUGAACCGGUUUUCCAACGACAUUUACAAGAUUGAUGAAGUUAUUGGUCGUGUUUUCAACAUGUUCUUUAGCAACGCCAUCAGGGUCACCCUCACUAUUGUCGUGAUUAGUUUCCUGACAUGGCAAUUUUUAUUUUUGAUCAUCCCGUUGGGAUUCUUGUAUGUUUACUACCAGCAAUACUAUUUGCGGACCUCGAGAGAAUUGAAGCGAUUGGACUCAGUGACCCGAUCGCCUAUUUUCGCAAAUUUCCAAGAGUCGCUUGUUGGUGUCUCGACGAUCCGAGCAUAUGGCAAGGAAGACAGAUUCAAGUUUAUGAACCAGUACCGCGUCGAUCAAAAUAUGAAGGCGUACCACCCUGCCAUCAACUCCAACAGAUGGCUUGCCGUGAGACUCGAGUUUCUUGGGUCAAUCAUCAUAUUGGGCGCAGCCGGGUUGUCCAUCCUCACAUUGUCAUCGGGCCACUUGACCGCUGGUUUAGUGGGUCUUUCUGUGUCGUACGCUUUGCAAAUCACGCAGUCGUUGAACUGGAUCGUCCGUAUGACAGUUGAAGUUGAAACGAAUAUCGUCUCGGUGGAAAGAUGUCUUGAAUAUUCUAGGUUGAAAUCCGAAGCUCCCGAAGUAAUCCCGGGCCACGUCCCACAGGCAAACUGGCCAAAUGAAGGUGAAAUCAAAUUCCAGGAUUACUCAACGAAAUACAGACCUGAGCUAGACCUAGUUUUGAAAAACAUCAACAUUGAUAUCAAGCCAAGAGAGAAAAUAGGCAUUGUUGGUCGAACCGGUGCCGGGAAAUCAUCCAUCACAUUGGCCCUUUUCAGAAUCAUUGAAGCCUUUUCGGGAGACAUUGUGAUUGACGACAUCAGGACGGAUUCGAUAGGACUCUACGACUUGCGUCAUAAGCUUUCAAUCAUCCCCCAGGACUCUCAAGUGUUUGAAGGUACAAUCCGAUCAAACUUGGACCCCACGGACGAAUACACCGAUGACCAAAUCUGGCGUGCGUUGGAAUUGUCCCAUUUGAAAGACCACGUGAUGAAAAUGUACGAAGAAGAAACCAAUUCCACCAACGACACCACCAAUGACGGCCGGGCCAACAACGCCACGGCCACGGCCGCGGCCGCGGAAAAGGAGAAAAUUUUGAGUCCAUUGGAAGUGAAAAUUACAGAAGGUGGCACAAACUUGUCCAUUGGUCAAAGACAGCUCAUGUGCUUGGGCCGCGUGCUUUUAAAACUUACAAAUUCAAACGUGCUAGUUCUCGAUGAAGCCACCGCAGCCGUUGACGUUGAAACCGACCAAAUCUUGCAGCAAACAAUCAGAACCGAGUUCAAGGAUAAGACCAUCAUCACUAUUGCCCACAGGUUAAACACCAUAUUGGACUCUGACCGGAUCUUGGUUUUGAACCAGGGGCAAGUUGCUGAGUUUGAUAAGCCUCUGGUGCUUUUGCAGAAUAAGGAUUCGUUGUUUUACGCCUUGUGUAAACAAGGUGGGUUUGUUGAAGAUGAAGAGUGA